AUGGGCGGGAGCGACGACGAGAUGCACGACGCGGUGGCCGACGAGGGCGCCAAGGCGCAGGCGGAGGAUCAGCCCAUGGACGCGGAUUCCGACACCGACGACGAAGACCGCCGACCUAAGCGGACCGACGGCGACUCGGAGCCAUCGCCCCCACGGCAGCGUACUCCCCCGCGCGAACGAAGCCCGCGGAGGGACGAACCCAAGAAGGAAAAGCAGAACCCGCGCAAGAACCCCCCGAUGGAGAUGAUCAUCGGCGCGGAGGACGCCGCCUUCCUCGUCGGCACCGGCGGCAAGACCAAGGACAAGGUUGCGAGAGUCGCGGGCGCGAGGCUCGACCUCCUCGACGCCGACGACGGCAAGCAUCGGCUGGAGAUCUUCGGCAAGGACGAGAACAGGCGAAAGGCGAAGCAGUACGUGGAGUGGGUGCUGCGCCAGCGCGUGGGUCCCAUCACGGUGGACACCAGUGGUGCGCGAAGGGACGACCUGUCCAUCGUGAGCGUCCCGCUGGACUGCGUUGCGUACGUCAUGGGCAAAAACGGAGUCGUGCUUCGAAACAUCGAGGAGGAAUACGGCACGCUCAUGUUCUUCGGCAAGCCGACGAGCGGCGCCGAGGAGGGCGUCGAGAAGCUCAUGAUCCUGGGUAGCCGAAGGAGCAGGCGCGGCGCGGAACUGAAGGUGAUGAGCGCGGUGGAGCACAAGCGAAGAGGGUUCUUCGUGGAUGAGAAGAAGGAGCUUCGGAAGCGGUUGGAGCAGGUUGGCGACGGCGAGGGCGACGGGUGGGGAUACGACGUGUUCCCCUUCCACGACGACGAGUUCUCGUACGCGCUCGGUGCACAGGUGAGACACUAA